GCACCUGCGCACUGCCUCUGGAUGGCCUUUUCCGGAUCCUCACCCCAGCUCAAGGCAGUUUCUAGAGAUCGAACCUUUCCCUUUUUCUAGCCUUUUUGAGAAAUGGCGUUUGGGACUAGCCCGGCGCAGAAGGAAGAAGAGUGAGGUCCCCCGAGUGGUCCACAUCACCCCAGCGCGUCGAAAGGCGGGGCCGGAGAAGGCGCAGGUUCUGCGCGCGCGCAGAGCGGCCCACGUGGAGCUGGCGCAGAGGCCACCUUUUGGAUUCUGUUCCAUGAGACUCAUCUGAACGGAACCCCUUGGUCCUUGUCUCCCUGUCUAGAUUCUGAAGCCAGGAGGAGCUGAUGCACAGAGCACGUACCUGAUUUUCCAAAUGGCCGCAGCCCCGCAAGCCCCGGGGAGGGGCUCUGUGCGGAAGACGAGACCUCCGCCUGUGAAGACCUCCUUGAACAACCCGUACGCCACCUGCUGGGGCACCCUGGGGCAAGAGGACAUGCACUUCAUACUGCAGACGCUGGAGGUCAGGUUUAAAUCCCUCGGGCUUCGGAAGGUGGAGGACAGGAAGAGGAAGAAAAAGCAGCCCUCUUUAGGGAAAGAGAGUGGAGACACAUGUGGCAUGGCUGCGGACACCGGCCAGGAUCUGGAGGAGAAAAGGUCAGAAGGUGAUGCCCAGGCGUCAGGGUGGACCCCUGCGCACGUGCGGAAGCAGCUGGCCAUCGGCGUCAACGAAGUCACCAGAGCGCUGGAGAGGAACGAGCUGCUCUUAGUGCUGGCCUGUAAGUCGGCCAAGCCUGCCAUGGUCACUGCACACCUGGUGCAGCUGAGCGCCAGCAGAGGCGUCCCUGCCGGCCAGGUGCCCCGGCUCAGCGAGAGGAUCGCACCUGUCGUGGGCCUAAAAUGCAUCUUGGCCCUGGGCUUCAGGAAAAACACCACUGCCUUUGCAGAUGAAGUGAGCACCAUCAUCCCCAGGGUCCCCCCUCUGAAUGUUCCAUGGCUCGGGGACCUCCAGGACACACCUGAAGACCCCCAGGAGAACUCAGAGACCAAGUCUCUGGAGAGCCGAGACAAGGAGAUUUUAGAAACUUCCUUUGAAGACCUCUCUAAACCCAAAAGGAAGCUUGCUGAAGGUCAGCAGGCUGUAGUGUUACAACCCCUGAAAAUAAAGAAACUGAUUCCAAACCCCAAUAAGAUAAGGAAACCACCCAAAAGUAAAAAAAUGGCUUCAAAGUAAUCUUGUAUAAACCUGUCACUUCAUACAGUGGUAAAACGAUACCUCGUCAAGAAGCCUUGAGGAGUUCCCUGGUGGCUCAGUGGGUUAAGGACUUGGUGGUGUCACUGCGGUGGCUCUGGUCACUGCUGUCGUGUGGGUUCAAUCCCUGACCCGGGAUCUUCCACAUGUGCUCGGUGUGGCCAAAAAAAAAAGCAUUGAAAUGAAUAAAGUGAGUUACUUUUCCACAUGUUCUUGGAGCACCACUUAGUACCAUUCCUUUCAAAUGUGUUUCAAAUGUGUAAGAUUCUCUAUAACUAUAGAAUUUAGAUAUGCUAAAGCUAAAAACAUUUAGAGUAGGGAACAUUCAGAUAUAUGAAUAUCAAAACGUUUAUUGAGACUAGUGUCCAUGCUUGUAUAAAUUCACUUUUGAAAAGGCUGGUACAAUGCUUGUAGGCGAGAACAUCUGUAUAUCCCACGGCACUUAACGUCUUUCUAUCAAACUCGGGAAACGUGCCACGUCAACACGGUUCUGUUGGUGGGAAGAUGAAAUGGACUGCAGGUGCAUCAUGAGUUGUAAAGGAAAGAUACGAAGUACCAAGCAAUACACUCUCCAGAAACACUGCAUUAUCAUUUACUUUCUAAAUUUUGCCUUUGUCUGUAGGUAGCCUAAGCAUGGGCUUGGGAGAAAGGCUUAAUGUUUAUAGAAAAGGCCAGAUAAGGUAUUUUGACUAGUUAGAAAUCACCCCUUUACCUGGGUAACUUCCUAGGAACUCUUAUCAUGUUUAAAAAGUAUCAUGGUCAUUCGGUGAAAUAAGGCAGGAAGAGAAUAAAAAAAUAAACUGAGGAGCUUGGGCUCUCAGAGGUGGGUCUGUCAUGACGGGUCAUUUGUGUUAAGAAAUGAAGCAUAAUCAAGGCUCUCUGUUCAAGUGUCUGCUAUUUACAGCCUGUGCUUAGAAAAGGUGCUUUCUGUAAUUCACAGAGAAGGUACUGGAUUGCCGAAGUUUAUUUUCAGCCUGAAUUUUGGUUGCUCUACGGAUUACGCCACCUCCGUUUAAAUUUCCUGAAUGCCAUCUUGACCCAAAAAAUGGGGUGAUGGUGGAGAUGGGGGAGGGCACCUCAUGGACUAGAGCACGUCCAUUACUGGCAAAGGGUGGAGGACGGUGUGGUUUUUUUGAAUCUGUAAGACACUAUAUUGCAUUAAAAUUUAGUUUUAACGGCUA